AUGGGGAAACAGCAACAAAAACAGCAAGGAAAAAAGAAGUCAAGAAUAGAUGAGAAUGGUACUUUAUUAAUAGAUCCACCUAAGUCUGUUAAUGCCAAUAGAGAAAAUUAUCAAAGAUUGAAUUAUUUAUAUCAAUUAUCGACAUGGUCUACACUGAUGACUUCGAACGUGGAUAAUGGAUCUAUGGCUCGAAUGUACAACAAAAAUUUAGACUUAAUUAGCAAAAAAGUAAAAUGUAAUGUAUCACCUGAUAUUAAACGAGGCAUAUGCAAGAAAUGUAAUAGACGAUUGAUACCCACUAGGACAUGUAAGAUAAUUUUACAAAAUAAAUCAAAGAAAAAAACAAGUAUAAAUGAUGACUUUGUGAUAAAAUGCCAAUGCGGCACUGAAAAGGUGUUUAGAAUUGGGUUGAAUAGAAAAUAUAACUCAUUCUAUAAAAGAAGUCUAGUACAGAUGCCGUAG